CUUUUAGGAAUUUCAAUCCUCAUUCCCCUCGCUCUUUCUCUAUAAAUCAGAACAAAUUUUGUUGCAAGAACCAAAAUACAACACAGCAUUAUCAAACAACCCUACAACUCCCUCUUGAGUCUCUAGCAUUCACAACCAUCAUCGAUCCGUCGUUACUUCCCCAAAUGGGGGCUUCAUCCAGCUCUUCAUCCAAAUCCAAGUAGUCCACCAAAAACAUGGGUGUCAAAGACAUUGCAUUAACAGGUGUAGGCAACCUCAUCAAGCUCCUCCCUACCGGCACGGUAUUCUUGUUCCAGUUCCUCAACCCCGUUUUAACCAACAAUGGCCAAUGCAACAUGUCCGUCAACAAGAUUCUAAGCGCCAUUUUCAUUGCCGUUUCCGCCUUCUCUUGUUGCUUUGCUUCCUUCACCGACAGUUACACCGGCAGUGAUGGACAAACUCACUAUGGAAUUGCAACAACAAAGGGUCUUUGGCCCUCAACCAGUUCUGGCUCUGUGGACUUGUCUGCUUACAAGCUUCGGGUUGGGGACUUUGUGCAUGCCUUCUUUUCCUUGAUCGUGUUUGCAGGGCUAUCACUUUUGGAUUCCAACACUGUGAGGUGCUUCUAUCCUGCAUUUGAGUCCACUGAGAAGGUUCUGCUGCAGGCGUUGCCUCCUGUAAUUGGCACUAUUGCUGGUACUGUCUUUGUUGUGUUCCCUAAUACACGCCACGGAAUUGGGUACCCUUAUUCAAGUUCUAAUUCUUCACAAGACUCGGAGGACUCCUCCUAAUUUCCAUAUACUACGUACAUCCUAUUGCAUCCUAAGUUGAUUCACUUACAAGAGUACUCCUAGUUUGACAAUUGCUAAGAAUGAAGGCAUGCUUUGAUCGGUUUGGCUUUCCAUUAUUUAUGCUUUCCUCGUGUGUUUAGUAGUUUGCCAAAGUUUGAUCGGUUCAAUUCAUUGUCAUCCAUCUGAGAAUAUGUAACAAGUUAAUAAGUCCUAUGCAUUGAAUUUUUAUGAAUUGUAUGGUGUCGAGUACUUAAGGAGACAAGUAUUAUAUGGUGGACCA